CACACACCUGUGAGGGUCACACUAUUCAAUGCAACGCAAAAACGGCUGGCAGUUUUGAGCGAAAUUUGUCCAAAAAUAAACAAUAAACACUCGGGAGGCCAUCACCGUGCCGCAGAUGGAUUACGUUUAUUGUGGAACCGAGCCAAUCGGCGCCUCGGAAGACAUACUAAGUGUUUACGACGCGGGAUCCGCUCGAGGAAACGGCCACUUCUCGCCCAGCUUCAAUGGCUUCAACAUCGGCAGCACGGACCCCGACUACGUGGAGCUGGUUCCCGUGCUCGCUGACGGCGGAGAGCACUUUGGGGUCUCCAGCGUGGCGUUCGACGAUUACGAGGAGCUGCUCUGGAUGGGCAACCAGGGAGGCCAUGUCACCUCGUACUACACCAGCUCCAUGCAGAAGUACACCUCCUUCCAGGUGCACGCCAGCGAUAUUGUGCGCCAGAUCACCACCCUGGACUCCGGAGUGUUGGUGCUCACGCAGACCUCGCUGCGCCACCAGAUCCGCAGGGGUCUGCCCAAGUUCACCUAUAAAUCCAACAAUAUGAAGGAAAUGGUGACCAUGCUGCAGCUAUCUCCUCACCGCCUGGUCAUGGCAGGACUGCAGGAGGAGCUCAUUGACUUUGACAUGCGCACACUUAAGGAAACCCGGCUGGAGCAUGUGGGCGCCGCUGGCUGCACUGUGCUUCGCAAGAAUUCGCGAUUCCUCUUCGCGGGCGACCAGCUGGGAACUGUCACACUGCGCGACCUAAACAGCCUGAGUGUUCAGCACACGAUCAAGACACACACCAAUGUUCUAUCGGAUUUCAGUGUCCAAGGCAACCUGCUGAUCUCCUGCGGCUACAGCGGUCGGCAAAAUAACAUAGCGAUCGACCGCUUCCUCAUGGUUUACGAUCUGCGUAUGCUGCGCCUUAUCUCGCCCAUUCAAGUGGCGAUUGAUCCGCAGAUGUUGAAGUUCCUACCAUCGCUUACGUCCCGACUGGCAGUUGUGUCCAGUUACGGGCAAAUCCAGCUGGUCGACACCGUGGAGCUCAGCGAGCCGCGUGUCUCCAUGUAUCAGAUCAACACCAAUGGCAGCCAGUGCCUCAGCUUCGACAUCAGCUCCUCCUCGCAGGCCAUGGCAUUUGGCGACCAGUCGGGACAUAUAAAUAUGAUUGCCGCUGUGCAGACGCCACAGCCACAGUUUAAUCCCUUUUCGCGAAACACAGAGUUUGCGGACGUGGUGCCUCAGCUGCCGAUGGUCUCCAUCACGGACACCAACUUUCCGCUUUCGUCGGUCAUGCUUCCCCACUUGACGACGGGCACGCAAUGGUUCUCGGACUGGCCGGAGGAACUGCUGCGAUACCGGUACCACAGACCAAAGACCAUCGAACCCGAGGUGCUAACCAACAUGAAAAUGCAGGGACCCAUUGGGUAUUCGCCAAACCCGCGCACCGCUCGUCGGAAUCAAAUUCCGUACGUGAUUGAGCAGGGAAGCGUUUGCAGUUCGAAUGGAAAUGGAACUGCAACGGUUACCAAGGCGGAGAACGGUGUCAAAAUCAUUCCAAGAAGGUAUCGCAAGGUCGAGCUGAAGUACACUAAGCUGGGCACCCAGGACUUUGAUUUUGAGCAGCAUAAUCAGACGUGUUUCGCUGGACUGGAGGCCACAUUGCCCAAUUCCUACUGCAACGCUAUGCUGCAGAUACUGUAUUUCACAGAAGCGCUUCGUGUGAAACUUAUUGAACAUUCCUGCACCAAGGAGUUUUGUUUGUCCUGCGAACUGGGUUUCCUUUUCAACAUGUUGGAUAAGAGUACAGCCUCAUCACCAUGCCAAGCCAGCAAUUUCCUGCGCUCUUUUCGCACUGUGCCUGAGGCUUCAGCAUUGGGCCUAAUUCUCACGGACCGCUCAUCAAACGUCAAUCUAAUAUCACUCAUACAGAACUGGAACCGAUUCAUUCUGCAUCAAAUGCAUUACGAAAUCUUCGAUUCCAGCAAGAACACAUCCAGCUCUAGCGGAUCUGUGCAAACAUCAACAAAUGCUGAAAACACAAGCCCCUCUGAAACAAGUGGUUCUUCGGAGUUAUAUGAGUCCAUGAGUGACGAGAACUCUAAAGAGGACGAUAGGGAACGCAGCAAGAUCAACGCAGAAACGGAAAUAAGUAAAAUCUUUGGGACCAAGCAAAUUUGUGUAAAUCGCUGCAUCAAAUGCCAGGUCGAAAAAUCGAAGGAAAACAUAUUACUCGCCUGCAAUAUGUCGUACCCCACCCACGUUAAAGAUAGUGAGCAGUAUUUCAACUUUGGCACCAUUUUAAAGCGUUCUCUCAGCUCGGAGAAAAGUAUUCAAGCUUUCUGCGAAAACUGUAAGAAGUUUUCGCCAACAAACCAGAGCGUGAAGGUCACUACCCUUCCCCAAAUGCUGGCCAUUAACUGUGGCCUAAAUAACGAUAAAGACAUAACCUUCCUGAAGCGCCAACUCAACCGCUGCAACGAAAAGCCAUCUGCCGAUGCAGCCGCUUCCCUAAGCACUAGUAAACCUUGUCGCUAUGGGGCCCACUGUUCCCGAAGCGACUGUCAUUUCAUGCAUCCGGAUCGAAAAUCUCCUUCGCACACUAAUCAAGCAAAUAACGUCAAUAGUUCUCCCAAUGGACGCCAGAAGUCAUGGUUUCCAUUGACUUUUACCAUGGGUAUCAACGAGCAAGGCGAGCUGCAGGUACAAACUCAAUCAGAUGGAGGCGCUGGAAAAUCGGACCAAGAGGAGGAGGCUGAAAAGCCACCAACAAAAAGUGAGGACAACCAUCGUACGUACGCCCUACAUGCUGUGGUCUGCCAAGUCGACGAUGGCACCCAAAAGAACUUAGUGUCGCUGAUUAAUGUGCAGCGGCAAUAUCACACCAUGAAAUUGGCGGAAUCCCCUGAGGACCCCCAGAACCAAUGGUAUAUUUUCAAUGAUUUCAGCAUUUCUCCCGUGUCGCCACAAGAAUCUGUAUGGUUUACAUUGGAUUGGAAAGUGCCCUGUGUACUGUUUUACAGGAACGUGGAGGAUGACUCUGAAUCCGCUAGUACUACGAGCUCUACCGUGACCGAAAGUGACGAAACCGUUCCAUCGGAGAGCAGCAGUGACUCGCCCACAAACCUAUCCAAUCCCUUUCUAGAGGACAUGGCAAGCCCCAUACCAGGCAACGUGAAUACAGACGCCACACUCAAGCCGCUGCAAACGGAUGAAAUGCCUCAGUCAGGAGACCUUGUCGCUAUGGAUGCUGAAUUCGUAACCCUCAAUCCGGAAGAGAAUGAGAUACGUCCAGAUGGAAAGACGGCGACUAUCAAGCCGUGUCACAUGAGUGUGGCCCGUAUUUCAUGUAUUCGAGGACAAGGCGCGAAUGAGGGAACUCCAUUCAUGGAUGAUUACAUCUCAACUCAGGAGAAGGUGGUGGACUACCUAACCCAGUUCUCUGGGAUCAAACCGGGCGACUUGGACGCUAACUUCAGCAAAAAGCGGUUGACUGCCCUUAAGUACUCAUAUCAGAAAUUGAAAUACCUCGUAGAUGUGGGUGUUAUCUUUGUGGGGCAUGGUCUGAAGAAUGAUUUUAGGGUCAUUAACAUCUAUGUGCCGUCAGAGCAAAUAAUAGACACGGUGCACCUGUUCCAUCUGCCCCACCAUCGAAUGGUGUCCUUGAGGUUUCUGGCUUGGCAUUUCUUGGGCACAAAGAUACAAUCCGAGACUCACGACUCCAUCGAGGAUGCACGGACCACUCUGCAGCUCUACAAGCACUAUUUAAAACUGCAGGCAGAGAAGAAGUUUGCCAACGCCCUCAAAAACCUAUACGAGCGCGGAAAGCUACUGCAAUGGAAGGUGCCGGAGGACUGAAUCGUUGCCGAACCCGUUGCCAAUUCGACGAAAUGCAGAGCCAAUGUAAUCGUCAGUACAAACGCUACACCGAUCUGAAAACCCCGGCAUUUCCCAUUUUAUUAUGUUCUAAUGAGUUUCUUUCUGCUAGGGAGCUUCCUGGUAUUUCAUUUUGUAAUUGUCUAUAUUCAUAACAAAUUCAAAUAAAAAGCAAAAAUUGUA